AAUACAAGCAUUCUCUUCUUUUACUCACUUCAUUUCUCUCUUUUUCCUUCUUUGUUCACAGAUGCAAGAAGGGGUUUUCUUGGUCGUCUUUCUCUCUCGCAAGAACCACCGAUCCUCUCUUCCAGCCACUAUGGCAAUUGACCACCGCCGGCAACCAUCUUCUGACAUUCCGGCCACCGUUUGCUGUCCAACCCGUCAUCUUCCGACGACCCACGCCCCCCCACGUGCGUCUUCAGCCUGCUUUGCAAACCCCCUUUUUUUCUCCCAUUUGCUCACUUUCUCUCUGUCCUUCGCCGUCGCCGACGACCAGCGCCGACGUCGAACUGCCCUCACCCCCAUGAUUCUUUUCUAACCAUCCCUCGGUCUUCGACCAGUCCCCAUUUUUUUUCCUUUUGUCGAUCUAUACUCUUCUCUCCCCGAUCUACCAAUCUGCCGGUGCCGGUAUUUUUUCAAGUCCUCUCUCACAGCCAAUCAUUUCCCCCUUAUCAAGUUUCCGGAUUACCAGGCCCUCUCAAAAUGGGUUCCAUCUUUUAUGUUUCCUCACCGCGAUGGGGAGCGUAAUUUCAUUGAGAUGGGAAGCACCAGAGCCCUCAUCUGCGAUCCACACCCCAAGAAUACCGUCCCUUGCUGCAAAUGCUUAAACACAAAAGGGCGAACAAGGGCAAUCCAAACUAUUGAUCGAAGAAGAUCCAAGUUACUGGGCCUCUCAAAGGAAAUACAUUUCAAGAAAUUCAGCAGAACAGUUUGCUCAGCAGUUGAGGAUGUCGAAAUCAUUGGUGGCAGCUUAAAUGGAGCUGUCUCACCUGUUCGUGAUGGACUUGGCUUCUUAUUGAUAAACUUCACUGAUUUUCUUCUUGUCCCCCAAGACCAAUUUCCAGUGUUUCCUUAUGUUCUUUUUAACUUAUACAAGAGGAAAUGUUUAUUGCAUUAUGAUUUCUGAAGAUGCCUUGGAGACAAGCACAAGAGAACUAGGAAGCAAAUGAGGAAAAACAAUAUGGA